UUGUGGUUUUUCACCGGGUUUUUUCGAGGAAAACCACUGUUUUUCAGCGUUGUUUUUUUUGAAGUUGAAUUUGAAUGAAAAUUGAGAAUUUUCAGAUGGCGACCGCUGCGAAGGGCAAGAUUUUGGCUGUGAUUGGUGAUGAAGACACUGUUGUCGGAUUUUUGUUGGGCGGUGUUGGAGAAUUGAAUAAGGUAUGGGUUUUUAGGGAUUUUUCCGGAAUUUUUGAAUGAGAAAGCUAGUAAAGAAGAGGAACUUGAUGGAAAUUUCGAAUUUUGAUCAAAAAUUAUUAAUUUUUAUUGAAAACUUGAAUUUUUAGUGAAAAAUACUAGUUUUCUAUAGAAAAACUUGCGAAUUAAGAUUUAAAAUCACUAUUAUUCUUCUUGAAAUCCCGAUUUUUUGUAAUUUCAAGUCAAAAAUCUCAAAUUUCCAGGCUCGCAAGCCAAACUACUUGAUCGUCGACAAAGGCACAUCACUUCAAGAAAUCGAGGAUGCUUUCAAGGGAUUCUGCGCCCGGGACGAUAUUGCCAUCAUUUUGAUCAAUCAACAUAUCGCCGAACAAAUUCGUUUUGCUGUGAGUUUUGGGAUUUUCAUUUGAAAAUUCAAAUUUUUGCUGAAAAUCUUGAAAAUUUCGCUGAAAUUCCCGAAUUUUGCAGGUCGAUCAACACACUUCCUCAAUUCCCGCCGUCCUCGAAAUUCCAUCCAAAGAAGCGCCAUACGAUCCAUCAAAGGACUCGAUCAUGAAUCGCGCUCGUGGACUUUUCAACCCAGAAGACUUCCGCUAA